AUGUCUCAAGUUAUUCGUUAUGUGGUUGUAAAUGAAAAUGGAUGUGAAAUCGUGGAAAGUUUUCUAGGUUUUUUACAAGUUUUUAAAAAAACUGGUGAGGCAAUAACAGAAGAUAUUUUGAGAAGCUUAUCUAAUCAUAGUAUUGAUUUAUCCUACUGUCGUGGUCAAUCAUAUGACAAUGGAGCUAAUAUGGCCGGGAAAUGGAAAGGUGUUCAAGCUAGGAUCAGUUCUAUAAACUCUUUGGCUAGGUUUAUUCCUUGUACGGCCCACAGUCUAAACUUAGUAGGCUUAUAUGCCGCUAAAUGUUCACCAGAAUUAGAACAAUUCUUUGGUAUAGUUCAAAAACUGUUCAAUUUUUUCUCUAGUUCUACUCAAAGAUGGGAUAUUCUUAAACAACAUCUUAAAUUUUCAAUGAAAGGUUAUAGUACGACCAGAUGGUCUGCAAAACAACGCGCUGUUAAAUCAUUAUAUUUGCAGUUAGGCCAAGUUAUUCAUGUUUGUAAGUUACUCAAAAAUAGUAAUUUAUGUGAAGAAGCAAGUGUUGAAUUAAAUGAUAUAGCGACUCAACACUUAAAAGGUCUGAUACAUUUUAUUGAGAAAUUUAGGGAAGAAGGUAUUGAUGAAGCACUUGAUGAAUCAAAACAAAAAUCAACUGAGCUAUCAAUUGAACCGGUAUUUCCAUCGAUUCGAGUUAGAAAAAAGAAAAAAAUGCCUGGUGAAUUAGCGGAGGACGAAUCAUCAACAUUAUCGGAAGAAAAUAAAUUUAAAAUUUUAAUGAAAAACGUCUGUGAUAGAAUCUUGAACGAAUUGGAUAGUUUUACUCAACAUGCAAUUCAAUUGGAUAAUAAAUUAAUAAAUGCUAGUUCACAUGAAAUUUUAAAUUUUAUUCUUAAAAAUGGUCUUCAAGAAGCUUAUCCUAACAUAUUCACAGCUUAUCAAAUAUUUUUGACAUUACCC